ACACGAUGGCCUUGGCAGAAGAUCACCUUUGACUUCUCAAAGGGUGUGGAGGGAGUAAAGAAGCAUUUUGGACUCUUAAAAACUGAGUUUGUGGAGAGAUGGACGGGGCCUGAGGGUCGACCGUUGGAAGAGCACAUGCUGGAGCAAACGCGGGUUUUGUGGGAGUUUCGGGGACCCGAGUCUCUUAAUCAGUGGGUGGUUUCCUCAGACCGGGAGAUCGGAGGCCUAAGUGGGGCGUAUCUGAAGCUGGGGAGAAACAGCAACACGUGUAUGAUGUACGGUACCCUGUGUUCAGUCCCACCGAGGGAUGGAGAGACUCGGUACAGCGGGUACUGCACGCUGCGCUCCAAACAGCCUCUGGCUUCAUUCGAAAGGAAGAAGCACUACGAUUGGUCGAGCUUUAACUCGUUGUAUUUGCGUAUCCGUGGAGAUGGCAGGCCUUGGAUGGUGAACAUCUCAGCAGAAACCUACUUUUCGCACCAGAGAGACGACAUGUACAGCUACUUUUUAUACACACGAGGUGGUCCAUACUGGCAGGAUGUCAAGAUUCCAUUUUCAAAAUUUUUCCUGUCAAGUCGGGGAAGAGUUCAAGAUGAUCAGCACCCCCUCUGGCUGGACAAGGUGAACACCAUCGGCUUCACAUUGGGAGAUAAAGCAGACGGACCGUUCCAGUUGGAGAUUGAUUUUAUUGCUUUGUGUAGCGAUCACGCUCACACAGAAGAAUUUGCUUAUGAACUGUACGAAAGAAACCCAGAGGUGUAAUGGUGUCGGUGCUGAAAUCGGACCUGUUACGGACUGAAAAUGGCAUCAUAA